AUGAUUUUGGGUGAUUUCGAGGGCUACUUUAGGCAUUUUCGCGCAGGAUUUGGACGUAAAGAUGUAGUGGAACACCUCUUACAGAGUGGUGCUAACGUUCAUUCCCGAGAUGACGGAGGCUUGAUACCGCUUCAUAACGCAUGCUCCUUUGGGCAUGCAGAGGUCGUAGUGAUCCUUCUGAGGAACGGUGGUGAUGCCAAUGCCAGGGAUAACUGGAAUUAUACUCCUCUCCAUGAAGCUGCAAUUAAAGGGAAAAUCGAUGUGUGCAUUGUUUUGCUACAGCACGGUGCUGAUCCCAAUAUACGCAACACCGACGGGAAGACACCUUUAGAUUUAGCUGAUCCUCCAGCGAGGGCUGUAUUAACAGGAGACUAUAAGAAAGAUGAGCUUUUAGAAGCAGCGCGAAGUGGAAACGAAGACAAGCUGAUGUCUCUGUUGACACCUUUGAAUGUUAACUGCCAUGCGUGUGAUGGGAGGAGGUCAACACCUUUGCAUCUUGCCGCUGGCUAUAACAGGAUCUCCAUAGUUCAGAUGUUACUACAACAGGGUGCUGAUGUACAUGCCAAAGACAAAGGGGGUUUGGUUCCCUUACACAAUGCCUGUUCCUACGGCCACUUUGAAGUGACCCAGCUGUUGAUCAAGCAUGGUGCCAGUGUGAAUGCGGUAGACCUGUGGCAGUUCAGCCCUCUCCAUGAAGCAGCUUCAAAAUCAAGGGUUGAGGUUUGUUCCUUCUUGAUGAGCAAAGGAGCUGAUCCAUUCCUGAUGAACUGCCAUUCCAAGAGUGCUGUUGAUGCCGCUCCUACUAGAGAACUCAAAGACACUCUACAAUAUGAGUUUCGAGGACACCAAGUGCUCGAAGCAUGUAGGCAGGCUGAUCUGGCCAAGGUUAAGAAGCAAUUAACUGCUGACGUGGUCAACUUCAUGCAUCCGCACACUAUGGACCGUCCUUUGCAUUGCGCAUCUGGAUCAGUGUUUCCCAAACGCAGGCAGGUCGUCGACCUCCUCAUCAGGAAAGGAGCCAAUCUUCUUGAUAAGAAUAGCGAUGGUUUAUCACCUCUUCACACGGCAACCACAAAAUCCCACCUUGAUGUAAUGGAAAUCUUACUAAAGCACGAUGCUAAGGUGAACUCAACGGAUAACCUCGGUCAGACACCUCUCCAUCAUGCUGCUCGGGAUGAUUUGACCGAAGCCUGCAAACUACUCUUAUCCUACGGGGCCGAUACUGGUGCAUUGUGCAGGCAGGGACUUUCCCCGAGUCAGCUGGCUUCAGAAAAUAUUCAAAAGAUUCUGCAAGCUGAGGAUCAGAGGAUGUCGAUGACAGAUGAAACUAUGCAAUUCUUAGAAGCUGCCAAAGCUGGUGAUUUAGAUAAAAUGAAGACCAUGGUGGAUAGCAGUAAACAUCUCGUCAAUUGCUGUGAUAAAGAAGGCAGACAUUCAACUCCACUUCAUUUUGCAGCGGGCUAUAACAGGGUAGCAGUCGUCGAGUAUCUCCUUGGUAAUGGUGCUUACGUUCAUGCAAAAGACAAAGGUGGCCUGGUACCUCUGCAUAAUGCCUGUUCGUUUGGGCAUUAUGAGGUCACCGAGCUACUCCUGAAGAGAGGUGCCCUCGUCAACGCCGCUGACCUAUGGAAGUUUACUCCUCUUCACGAAGCCGCUGCCAAGGGAAAAUAUGACAUCUGCAAACUUCUCCUUCAGCAUGGGGCCGAUGUGAACAAGAAGAACCGUGAUGGUCAUACCCCACUCAACCUGGUAAAGGAUAGCGAUCAGGAUAUCCAAGAUUUACUCAAGGGUGAUGCCGCCCUCUUGGAUGCCGCAAAGAAAGGUUGCUUAGCAAGGGUUCAGAAGCUGGUCUCGUCAGACAAUAUCAACUGUAGGGAUUCUCAAGGAAGGAAUUCUACGCCGUUACACCUUGCCGCUGGUUAUAACAAUGUUGAGGUAGCUGAAUAUUUAUUAGAGCAUGGUGCUGACGUCAAUGCUAGAGAUAAAGGUGGCCUUAUCCCUCUUCACAAUGCAUCAUCAUACGGGCACCUGGAUAUAGCAGCCUUAUUGAUCAAGCAUAAAACCUGUGUGAAUGCCGUUGAUCGAUGGAACUUUACUCCGCUUCAUGAAGCUGCUCAGAAAGGCAGGACCCAGCUUUGUGCUCUGCUGCUUGCUCAUGGGGCUGAUCCAACCAUGAAGAACCAAGAAGGACAAACUCCUUUAGACCUGUCAACAGCCGAUGAUGUCCGAUCAUUACUCCUGGACGCCCUUCCACCUACCGCAAUCAAGUCAUCCGGCCCUACCACAACGCCCACCACGCCCAGCCCACAAACUCAUAACCCCGGUAUCCGGACAGCCGGCAUGGGGGUCAGUGCCCCACCGCCCACGACAAACUUUAGACCGACGUCGGCUCCGGCCGUCGGGGCUUCAUCCAUGGGUAAUACUGGCCUUCCGGCUCUGACAGGAAGCAGUAGUGCAAUGGCAGUAGGUGCGAGCAGCAAGGUGCCAGGCGCCAGUGGUACCAUCGGCGGUGUCGGUAAGGGAAUCGGUGGUGCUGUGGGUGGUAUGGCACCCGUUGGACAGGCGGUUCAGGUAGACGGUGCAAUACAGUUUGAACGAUUAGCGAUAGAAGGCAACAAUCCUAUGGACAUUAGUGUUAGCUCAUUCCUCAGCAAUCUUCAGUUGGAUCACCUUAGGGAUAUCUUUGAAAAGGAGCAGAUCACGAUGGAUGUCUUAGUUGAGAUGGGACACGAGGAGCUCAAGGAGAUAGGAAUCAAUGCCUUCGGACAUCGUCAUAAGAUCAUCAAGGGAUUAGAAAGAUUAAUAGGUGGACAGGGCACCCCUAGUCUACAUCUGACCAUUCACAACAAUCAAGGAUCAACUCUCAUCGAUAUGCAACCCGAGAUGAAGGAAUAUCAGUCGGUCGCUGACGAGAUGCAGACGACGAUUCGCGAGCAUCGGGAUAACGGCCAAGCCGGUGGUAUCUUCAACCGGUAUAACAUCAUCAAGAUAGAGAAAGUGAGAAAUAAGAAGCUUUGGGAUCGAUACGAGCAUCGCAGGAAAGAGGUGGCCGAUGAGAACCAUAAUCAUGAUAACGAGAGAAUGCUAUUCCAUGGAUCACCCUUCAUCAAUGCCAUCGUGAAUAAAGGGUUCGAUGAGCGCCACGCCUACAUCGGGGGCAUGUUCGGAGCUGGUAUCUACUUUGCCGAGGACUCGUCUAAGAGCAACCAGUAUGUGUAUGGUAUCGGAGGUGGGACGGGCUGCCCCGCCCACAAAGAUAGAUCAUGCUAUGUAUGCCACAGGCAAUUAUUAUUCUGCAGAGUGACCUUAGGGAAGGCUUUUCUUCAAUUCUCAGCGAUGAAGAUGGCUCAUGCUCCACCCGGUCAUCAUUCUGUCAUCGGUAGACCUAGUGCAGGAGGAUUAGCGUAUGCAGAGUAUGUUAUAUACAGGGGAGAGCAGGCAUUUCCAGAGUACCUCAUCACAUUCCAGAUCGUCAAACCAGACAGCACAGAGAAAUGAUGUGGAAACACCAACACACAUGCUACCAAAUGAACUUAGCAAAAUGGAUAAUGCAGACGAAAGCUAGAGAGACAAGACUGAAUGAACGUUCUUAAAAUGGCUCAGAAAAAAAAAAUGAUGCAGGAAGAUUGCCCUUAAAAGCAACACGUAAAGGAUGACACAAAGAAAUGACAUAUGAAAAAUGUUCUUUUAACCAAAGCACAGAGAGAUUAUGCCUCAAGAGUACACUUGUUGCCGACUGUAACCCGUUGCCCCUGUUUAAGCCUAUAUGGGUAUCUCAGAAGUCAGUAGUUAACACAUGUUACCCUUUUGCAUGGAUCUCAAAGGGUAAUUUACAGGAGCUAUUUUGGAUGAAUUUAGGACACCCGCCUCCCUUCCUGUGACUGGUCAAUUGUUUUUUAAUGAUUUGUCAAGUGAGACCCCAAUCUCAUUACAAUCCUAAAACUAGUUUAGUGGAAACCUGUCCAGGAAAAUGGUUUGGAAGAUCGCUUUACUAGCGUUCCCAUCUGAUCGCCGAAAAGUGGUUUUCAAAACCACUUCACGUUAAGCGGUCUUGUUGCUACAGGAUCGCUCUCAGUGGGGGGACAUGUUUCGUUUGCAAUUUGAAACAGCAGCGUAGACAUUCCCCACACAAUGUGUGGAGAAGUGUGCCAAAAUCGGUUGUGAAAUAAGCAAGUUAGGGACGUUGAAAAAGUCGUGUUGUACUUUCUAUGGGGAUCCUCAAAUUGGCAAACCUGCUUCAAAAUGGCUGAUUUUGUGAACAACCCUCCUUGUUUUUGUACACAAUUUUUCAGAUUUUCUCCAUUAUUUUAUAUAUUUCACAUCGUUUCCUCCUGACCUUGACAUAUGUGGUGUGAAUUAUAUUUCCCAUGACAUAUAUCGUGCUCAGAAUGGGGCAAUAUGCAAUUUGAAAGAUAAUGGGGAAAAUCUGAAAAAUUGUGUACAAACAAAUGGCGAGUUGUCCACAAAAUCAGCCAUUUUGAAGCAUGUUUGCCAAUUUGAGGGUCCCCAUAGAAAGAACAAGCCCUUUUAAACGUCCAUAACUUGCCUAUUUCACAACCGAUUUUGAUGAAAAUUGUUUUGAAUUGUUCCUCUCAUUUUACUCUUUCCAAUAAGAUUGCUUCUUUUCUUGGGUUUUUGGUUUCCUUUAAAAGGUCAUAUCGUGUUAUCGCAAUAAAUCAACAUACUCAAAAACCAUUAUUGAAUAUUCAAUAUUUUUUCAUUAUGGCAUAAUUUAGAUAAUAUUGAAAUAUUGCCUAGCACUAAUGUGUAACUAUAAGCUAUCAACAAAAAAAUGUAAGAUUUCAUUAACUCUAAUGUAUUCAUUUUAUAUAAAACCAAAUAGUAACGCCAGCACCAGGGUAAAAUCCUUCACCAACUUUAAUAUGUUAACAUGUAUACUAGUAACUUCUCUUUGAUAUGAGCUAAUACCCGUUAAUGAAUCAUCAAACCAAUGUGAAUAAAACAAGUUAAAAGCACUGCCCAUCUAUCCAGUACCUUUUUAUUUAACAAAUAUUCAUGAAAUUGCUGUUUUGCUUGGAGAGUAAUCCUGUAAACCAGUUCAUGGAUUUUUCUGUGUAUUGAAUGAAUUUGGCAGACCUAACAUAAAUCUUAAUCAUCUGCAACUAGAUUUUUAUCUGAAAUUCCAGUGAAGAAUACAAUUCAAUUUCUUUUAAAUAUCUUUGCUUUGUUCUUACAUCUUGCUGGUAAUUUUUUUGGGAAUGAAUAUUUCUUAUUUAUCACAAGAGUGCGCAUCUUCCCUGUGGAAUAUUGCUCAGUGUAUUUGGAGGGUAUCUUUACGUGUGCAGAAACUCUUGGGAGCAUGUUCAGUCUCGCAUCGUUGUCGUGGGCUCGUUGGGAGCAUGUUCAAUCUCACAUCGCAGAAUCUCUGUAAAAACUGCUUAUCUUUUCAUUUUCAUUUUCACUUUGAUCAUGUCAUCUCUCUUAUCUGCUACAUAUUAUUCUAGUGACUACCUAUUUCAGAGGGAAACAGCCAGUGAAAUAUGAAUGUAAACUUUUAGAUAACAAAAUAUGAAUUAUUAUCAUUAUUCUGAAUUAUUUGUAUGAACUAACAAUUUGUUACUUCCUAUUCUACCUACCUACUCAAAACCUCAUCAAAAUGUGUCUUGAUAUGAUCUGCUCAUUGCCAUUUGAUAUUGAAAAGAUGUAAAUAGACUCCAUAUUUAAAGAGAUCGUGUAGGUUUAUGCGUUUUAACGAGCUCCGAGAAACGAUCAAACAAAGCCGCUGAGCUACAUGUGGUAUUUUCAUUACAAUCAUUUUAAAUGUAUUUUAUUAUAAAGAAUCAUGAAUAUUCAAGCAGGAAUUGUGUGUGCAUUAUUAAUGUGAUUUCAUGAAUAUUCAAAUUGUAAGAAUUGAAUUCCACAUGGAUUUCCAUUGUAAAGUCGUUAUUUAUUUGUAUCGGUGACCUCCAGACGGUAUGGGGGUCAAAUUCAAAGUAAAAUACUCCAUUUUGGAAUCAAGUUGAUUUAAAUCAAGAAAAAAAAAAAUGGGAUUCAAGGGAAAAAAGUGAGAAUUUAAUCAAAAUUGGAUAAAAAGUAACAAAAUGACAACAGUUUUAAUUGUUUAAAAACAGUGAACGGUCCAAAUUAUUAGUUAUAUGAUGUCACAAGCAGAUUUCUUAUGUAUUUAUAAUAUGAAAUUACAAAUAUGUCGCUUUUCUGAUCCAUGAUUGUAAAAAUAUAGUUUGAUUCAAAUAUAAUUUAUUUAAAAUCAGUCUCACUUUUAGCUAUGUGUAAUAUUAGGGAGAGACUGUUUAAAUGCACCUGUCAAGAAAUAUAUAUUUCAGGUGCUUGUUGGAAAAAAAAGAGUAAUAAUUUUUCUUAAUGGUUGAAAGUCAUCUUACAAAUUGUAAGUUUAUGAUAAACUUACAAUCAAUUUUCAACAUGACUUUCAACCAUUAAGAAACAUCUAUUUUUUUUUUCAAUUUGAUUAAAAAAAUUGCACAAAGAGAAAAACCAACCAAAAUGUGUUCAAAUAAAAUCUUCACAUCUCUGAGCCUCACUCAUUCUGAGUUUGGUUGAAGGUAUCUUGAAUUUUACCACUCAAACCUGUUAUUCAAAAUAGAUUGUCCUAUUUUUGUAAAUGCAAAAUCAUCCUUAUCUUAUUUCUUUCAGAAAGGUUAGGAGGGCUUCUGUUCCACACUAUAAAACAAAACUUAAAAAUUCUACGACCUUGUUACUCUGUUUUUAUGAAAUCCUCACUAAUUUGGUCAUAAAUUUCCAUUUAUUCAUUCAAAUCAAAUUGAUUUCAGAAUGGAGUAUUGUUUUCGCAGUAUUAAUUCAGAUGAAUUGAAUCUACAGCAACGUGAUAUACUGUUGAUAUGCCAGGCCAAUUCUAUUAAAAAUCAUAUAAAAAUGUA